AUGUCUUCCGACGAUGUUCCACCUCCGCCCCAGCACAAACCCUCUUCCACCAGCUUCGCGGAUGUCUUCAAAACUCUAGGUGUCGGCCGCCCGAAAUCUCAAUCCCCAGUUUCGUUUCAGGAAAGCAGCAGCGACUCUUUGUACCAUACCGCGGAAAAUCGGGGAUCAAACCGACUCAUACCCGGACCCGAAUCAAUGCAUCGCGGCAGCAUCGUGUCGAGCUCUUCGGACACCCCGAAUAGCCCCGACUUCGAAUCAAGUGUGCGGAAUCUAUCGCAGAAACAGAACCUUUCCCAGUCGAUCGACGAAGCCGAGACACUAUCGAGAAUUCUCCCGUACUUCACCCCCGAGCAGUCCAUUGUUUUAUGGGAGGCAGCGGAACACCUCUUGCACCAUGAAAGCUCCGCGGAUGCGCAGAAGGCUGGAGCCCAGCUGCUCGAGGCGAUUGCUGCCCGACAGGACUUGACUCCAGCGGCUCGGCGAAUGGUCUUCGAGUCAAUUGCCUGUCCCAGUGAGCCAGAGGUGAUUUCGUCCCGGGUGCAGUCUUUGAUUUCCUUGUCGGACCAUGGAAGGAAGCUGGAUUUCACCACCACUUCGAUUCUCCACAUUAUUGCUUCCUGGAUUCAGCCCCUCUACGGUGUCGUUUCGGCGGCCCGGUCGAAGGCAAAGAAAGCAAAGCCAGCCAAAUCGAAUGCGCUUAACCAAGAUGAAGUGGUCCUAGAAGAUCUUUUCCAAUUCGCGGUCGAUUUGAUUACGUUACAGCGCAAGCAGCCCUCACAAGAGGAGAUCGAGUUGCUUCUGACAGAAUCGUUUACGAUCUGCAAGAAAACCAGCAUGGCCACCGACAUCAAGAACGCGUUGGCCCUAUUUGAUGCUAUCAUCAUGUACCUGGAUGUGCCCGACGCUAGUUUCGACCCUCUUCUAGAAGUACUGUGCAGUAUACAUGCCUCUGUUCGGUCUCUUUCUGGACCCACCUCUCGCGCAGUACGCAGCUUGGCGAAGUCCCGAAGACAAGGUGAGAUGGUUGAACGACUCCAUGCUUUUAUGAGAGAGUCUUGCGCGGCAGAGUCACCUCGAAAUCUGAACACUUUUCGAGGCACUAUCUAUGUCUUCUCCGACCUUGUGUGUGCCUGCGGACAGCUCGGCAUGCCAGAACUUUCUUUCGACCAAUUGAUCGAUUCUCUCACUGUCAUCUCUCAAAGGAAUGAUGGUCGGGUGGACUCGGAUAUUUUGGACUUGUGUUUGAGUAUUUUGGAAGGGGCUUAUGUCCAGACGGCCUUGCAACGAGACUGGACAGGUUUCGUUGACUUGCUGGUAUUGUGCUCUCGCAAGGUCUUUGAAGAGCCCGAAGAGACAGCUACUUCCCCAGCCUCACAGCAAAGCUUAGUUAAGGCUGCCCACGAUGAUGUCAAGUCAAACAUCCUGGCCAAUAUUAUCCGGAUCGCAUCUGCUCUCGAGGUCCUUUGGGACCAGCUCAACGGGGCUCAAAGGCAACAAGCUGUUCGCUUCUUGGCGAAAGGAUACCAGCACAUUGAGCCUUCUCAGGCGGAACUCAUCAUCAACAUGAUGAGGAAAGACUGUCUUUGUCGUCCUUCGGAUGACCCCACUUGGGUAAAGCAUUGCCAGGAACUCAUUGGGCGGUUCAUUCAGCCUCGGACACAGACUUCAGAUAUCCGCAUUCAAGCCUUGGAUGCAUUGAAAGAGGCUCUCUCUGGGAAUGAGACACUGCUUUUCUCUGAGGAGCACGGUCUACUGAGACUUCUGUUGCAAGACUUUUCUGCGGAGCACGAUCUUCUCUUUUUGGAAUCCCUGGUCUCUUUUAUCACGGAACCGGCGAUUCAUGCCAGCAACGAUGAUCUGUUCCAACAAUUUGUCGACACAAUUUCUAGACCAAUGGCUAGAGAUGCAUUCAAGGAUGAGCAACAAUUGACCUCGCCAGUCUACUCCACCCCGCGCCGAACUUCUGCAACAUCUGGGAGUGUACUUGAGCAUUCCUUGGCGAAUGCCUGCGCAGUUGGUCUGGUGAAGAUGAUGCUCCGUGCCUUGAACUCCUCUGCACCGAAAUCCGUCAUUAUCUUCGAGGCGUUACUGCGGAUCGCUCAAUCCCAGGAUCGACCAACGGACGCACGACUUCUAGUCUUGAAGUUACUUUUUCGACUCCGGUGUGAUUCAUCUGGGUCCGUGACUGUGGUUACGACAUCAGAAAACGACUUUCUCAUAAAUGUGCUCGGUCGAAACGUUGACGUCGGCUCCAAGAAACCCAGUGAAACCUCCCCCACUCGGGAUCUCCCACAGCAUGAAAACUUGCCGCCUCCAAUUACUCGUAAACUUUCGGGCAAGGAAUCCCCUGCGCCUGCUCUAUCAAAGUCCCUACCCGGGCGCGGAUCCAUUUCUACUGGUCGUGGAUCUAAGCUCACGCCUCCAGUCUGGACAUAUGCCCACCCUCAAGCUCUGCCCGAACAACCCCCUGGAGAGUCGAGUGGCGUGGUGUUUGCCUGGACCCAGAAUGGUUUUCAAAGCCCUGCUGCUGCUGAUGAAACUUCAUCUGCGUCGGUGGGUGUGUUGAAGGUGAACAUGUGGCUCGAGAUCGUCAUCUCUCUUCUUCAACGGGAGACAGACUGGGAUGUUUACAGCUAUGUCCUCACCCAUCUUGGUCCUCAACUCAGCAACAAGGACUUUUUCAACAACUCGAUCCCGCAGAUCAAGCUACUGCGUAGCAUUCUUUGCGACCAAAUAAAAAACGAGACUUACCAUGAGCCUCCUAGCUUAACGGGAUUGAAAAAGAGUGACGUGGCUGCUUGCAUCUUCGAUGCCCUCUGCAUGCUGGUCAGCUACCACGACCACUUUGCCAAAAGUGAAGAAGACGACCUUGUCCGAGCCUUCAUGUCGGGUAUCAUUGGAUCGUGGGGUGCUACCUCUCGUGGCUGUAUCCAGGCACUAUCGCUGUGCUGUCAUGAAAUUCCACUAUCCGUGACCAAGUCCCUGAACAGCAUCCUGGACAAAAUGGCAAAGGUGAUCACGAUGUCGAACAUUGCUGUUCACAUUUUGGAAUUUCUGGCUUUGCUGGCCCGCUUGCCGGAUGUCUAUAUCAACUUGCGCGAGGAGGAAAUCCGCACCGUUUUUGGUAUCUGCAUUCGAUUCCUGCAGACGUCCAGAGAGCAGGAACUGCGCUCUAAGGCUGCUAGCUCCCGUGAAAUCGCCUUGAAUGCUGCUGAGGCCAUGGAGUCCACGUCACAAGAUGCCAUGUCGAAGUAUGUCAAGAGUUUGACCUAUCAUGUGAUGAUCUUUUGGUUUUUGUCCCUGAAACUCCAGGACCGCCCAAAACAUGUGAACUGGAUUACCAGCAGACUUAUUUUCCCCGGCGAACAUGGAGAGGACGUUGUCGAGGAACAGAGUCAAGUUUUCAUCGAUUUGAUGCAGCGAGUCGCGUUCUCGGAUCUAGGAGAGACCAUUCCAUUUGAAACCUUCCCACCGAAUCCCGAAGAUGGUCCUGUCAUGAAAAAGUCCUGGGUCGUGGGCAUGAGUAUUAUCACUAUUGAGACGGCUGGCGUGUCUGGCUUGACCCAGAUCACCAAGAGACAGGCGUCUGGCACAACCUACUCGGUUUAUCAGCAACGGACGGCGCCGGUUCUCCCGCACCAGGUCCCAUCAACACCAGAUGCUCAUCUUCACCCCUCUGAUGCGAUGCGCACGGCUGUCCUCCCCAGCCACAUUAUGCUCCAGAUGACCGCCACGGCAUUCCCAACUCCUGCGGUCAUGCAACCUAUUCCAGUUCCGGAAGAUGAUAUUACCCGCCGCGCAAUUGGCAGCUUCGAUCGCACUGACAUUGUGGAUGGACACCGGAUCGGUGUGGUCUACCUCGACAAUGGUCAAACCAAGGAGGCAGAAAUCCUAGCCAACUCUGGCGGUUCUGCUGACUAUGAGCACUUCUUGUCGGAAUUGGGGACCAAGGUUUCCCUUCGCAACGCCCAGUUCAAUACCCAAGGAUUGUAUGCCGAUACCGAUGGCGAGGCUACCUACGCAUGGCGUGACCGUGUGACAGAGAUUGUUUACCAUGUUGCAACCAUGAUGCCCACGGAUCUCAACCACGAUCCGGCGUGUAUCAACAAGAAGCGCAACAUCGGCAACAACUUUGUCACUAUCGUGUUCAACCGAUCCAACCUCCCGUUCAACUUUGACACAAUCCCGUCCGAGUUCAACUCUAUCAAUAUCGUCGUCACCCCCAGCAGCCAAAUCGCCUAUGAUGUUUCGGGAGUUGCCAAGGGACAGACUGACCCAGCAAAGCAAUUCUACCAUGUCAGGGUUAUCAGCAAGCCUGGCUUCCCAGAGGUUUCACCAGCUGCCACGCCCAAGAUGGUGUCUGGUAAAAACCUGGCAUCCUUCGUUCGUAUCCUUGCUCUCAAUGCAUCCGUGUUCUCUCUGGUUUGGAACCACAAGGGGGGUGAGCACAUGUCUUCCUGGCGCACCCGUCUCCGCGAAAUCAAAAAGGUCCGCGAGCGAGCUCUGGCCGCUCAGAUUCAGAGUGCCGAGGCCGCCACAGAGGGCGCCUACCCCGGACAACGACGCAACACUAAGCCCAACAUCUUCUCUGAAGACCUUCCUGUUCGAACCGCUCCAGCCAAGACAGAUUUUACGUCUGAAUGGACGGCAGCCUCGGAGGCAAACGUCCUUCAGAAUCUGGACUUUUCCCGCUGGAGUCGUUAG